CAGAGGGCCACAGCAGGAUUUGAUAGUUUCGCUCAUUCUUCCUCCAGCCUGUGUCCGUGGGUCUUCAUAACUACAAACAGCUCAGCUGUUUGAUGGCAAAGGGAACUGCUACAAAGUCUUCAGCUGUUGACAGACUUGACUUGCUGAGAACGCAGGAUAAAUAUAACUCAGGGGAGCUGAUUCUUACAUAGCCACAACUGCCUGAGUAUCCGAGAGCGGGACGUAUUAGCAUUGGCAGACACAGCAGUGAGACUUUACACAGGAGAGCAGCACAUUUUAUGCUCCAAACUCUGGCAGUGUGAAAGCGGGAGUCUGCGUGAACCUUUUAUGGUAGUCAGCUUUAUCUGAGCAAAGAAAUACGCUCUCCUCUCUUCUCCACUACUUCCUGUAUGAUCUCAGCAGAUGGACUAAGAGGAACGAGGAACUCAUCUUCACUGGUUCUAUACUGUGGGGGAUGUUCGGCCAAACCAACUGUGGAACAACGACAUUUCUCUCCACUGAGCCUUCCUACCCCGUUCUUGCCUUGAUAACUCCAGUUCCAGGUCGGGAUGAGAUCCCGCAGCAGUGGUGGCGAAUCCCCAUCCCGCGGUCACACUUCCUGCAAUAACAGCCAUGAGGAUGAGAAAGGCAGCAAAAAGAAGAACAAAACCCAACAGCAAAGUAAUGGAGAAAAGACGUUGGGGUUGACAGGUCCUGCAAAGAAACCGCAGAAGCCUUUGGAAGAAGGUGAACGAAGGAAGAAGUUGCUGGAACUCUCCAAGGAUGAUCUUCUGCGCUUACUCAGUGUAAUGGAAGGAGAAAUAGAGGCCCGGGAGGAUGUCAUUCUGCUGCUGAAGUCAGAUAAUAUUAAGCCGGAGUCCCUUGAAGCUUAUUAUGGCCUGGCCGUUCCUGAGAAGAUUUUGCGGACUUUAUCCAGAGAUGCCAGUCACUUCCAGGAGAAGUCUCCGGGGGAGGAUGUAUAUGAGAAGCCCAUGGCAGAGUUGGAGAUGUUGGUGGCGAAGCACAGGGAAACGUACCGGCGAAUGCUGGAGCAGCUGCUCCUGGCUGAGAAGUGCCACCGGCGAACCGUGUACGAGCUGGAGAAUGAGAAGCACAAGCACACCGACUACAUGAACAAGAGUGACGAUUUCACUAACCUCCUGGAGCAGGAUCGAGAGAGGUUGAAGAAACUGCUGGAACAAGAAAAGUGCUACCAAGCUCGAAAGGAGAAGGAGAACAACAGACGGUUAGGCCGGGUGCGAGAGGAGCUGGUGAAGCUGAAGUCAUUUGCACUCAUGCUGGUGGAUGAGAGGCAGAUUCACAUUGAGCAGCUCGGCCAACAAGCCCACAAAGUGCAGGAGCUCGGACAGAAGCUCCGGGAAGAGGAAGAGAAGGUGCAAAGCAGCGAGGAGAAGGCCAGGGAGGAGGCACAGAAGGUCUUUCGACUGGAGGCGGAACUCGAACACACAUCUGCCAAGUCCGUGCAGGACCUCGACGAGAUGACGACAAAACUAUCCGAUCAGGAGUGUCAGAACCGCCAGUUGCGCCAGAAGCUACCUGCUCUAGUCCACCGGGUUGAGGAGUUGGAGGAAGCCAAUAGGGGUCUCCAAAAGGCUGAGGAAGAAUUGCAGGAGCUGCGGGAUAAAAUCAGGCGGGGGGAGUGUGGCAACUCAAGCCUCAUGACCGAGGUGGAGAGCCUACGCAAGCGGCUGCUGGAGAUGGAGGGGAAAGACGAGGAGAUCACCAAGGCGGAGGACCAGGGCAGGGAGCUGAAGAAGAAACUGCAGCAUGAAGAGGUCCAUAGCAGCAGCUUGAAGCUGGAGGUGGAGAAAUUGCAGAAGAGGAUGGUGGAGCUGGAGAAGCUGGAAGGUGCUUUUAACAAGAGCAAAUCCGAAUGCUCCCAAUUGCACGUCAGCCUGGAUAAAGAGAAGGCUCUAAGCAAGGAUCUCUUCAAUGAAUUGGAAACGGUGAAAGCUCAUGUGAAAGACCUGGAAUCUUCAGAGACAAGGCUGGGAAAGAGCGAAUUCAGCUUGAAAGACGAUCUGACAAAGCUGAAAUCCUUCACGGUGAUGCUGGUGGACCAGAGGAGAGGAGUGGCCGAGAAGCUGAGUCAGGAAGAACAGAAAGUCAACGACCUCAACCAUAAGCUCAAAGAGGAACAAAGCAAAACCACGGAGGUGACUGAGAAGCUGAUUGAAGAGAGCAAGAAGCUUCUGAAAUUGAAGUCGGAGAUGGAAGAGAGGGUGUCCACCUUGCUGGGCGAGAGGCAGGAACUGGUGAUGAAGCUCAAGGGUGAAGAGCAGAGAUCCAUCAAGCUGGAUGUACAGAUGGGCCUGUUGAAGAAGAGGCUUGAGCGAGUGGAGGAGGUUGAGAACGAGUGUCCUGAGGAAGCCCAGCUGGACGGUCCCAAAAUGAAGGAGCUGGCGCUGGAAGUGGAGCGUUUGAGGUCCCGGCUUCAGCAGCUGGAGGUAGUGGAGGGCGACCUGCUGAAGACCGAGGACGAAUAUGACCAGCUGGAGCAGAGGUUCAGGAGCGAGCGGGACAAGGCCAACCUGCUGAGCCAGCAGCUAGAUGAGACGAGGGAGCAGGUGGAGCAAGGCGAGGCCGAGUCCCGCAACCGGCUGCGCUUGGAGGAAGGCCGCAGCCGGGAACUGGUGGCUGAGGUACGGGCCCUGAAUGAAAAGAUCCAGGAGCUCAUGGAGAAAGAGGACCAGUUGUCCCAGCUGCAGGCUGACUACGUCAGACUGAGGAAGAGGUUCCAGCAGGAGGAAGGCCGCAACCAAGACCUUUGCUUGGAAGUAGCCGGCAUGGCCCGGGAACUGGAGCUGUCCAAGCGUUGCAGCCGGGCGCUGAGGCCCAGCAUGGAUGGCCGGCGGAUGGUGGAGGUGCCGCUGACCUCCACGGCCGUGCAGACGGAUGGAGGGAUGGCGGCAGAGCAGGAUAAUGCGGCCGUCUUCAUUCGUCAGUCGGUGCAGGAGGAGAACCACCUGAUGAGCCACCUCCGGCAGGAGGGUGUCCUGAAGCGGCCCCCGGCUGUGCUGGAGCGUUACCCACCGGCUGCCGGUGAACUGGGAGGCCCGCGGCGCUCCUGGAUCCCGUGGGCCAAGAGGAGGGAGGGAGGCCCGGUCUCUGACUCACCGCUGGUGGUCUCUGGUAAACAAGGGCAGCCGCUCCGCAUCCGUGUCACCCCCGACCAGGCUGGCGGAGGCACGGCCACGCUGGAGAUCAGCAGCCCGGCGGCUGACGAGUUUGUGCCCACCCUGGGGCCUCAGCAACCCCGCAUUACCAUCAUCCCCACCUCCAAGGCCUCACCCGAACCCGUCACCCUCACCACCUUCUCUGGGCUUGGCACUCCGCCCGCCCGGCCCAAGCCUUGGCCUCAGGGCCCACCAGACGCUUGCUCGUCCCCCAUCCAGAUAGUCACGGUGAGUGCGGUGAGUGGCUCUGAGGCGCAGGAGCUGGCGGCCCGGGCCGUGUUCAGGGUGAGCCCGGACAAGCUGCAGGGAGUCGGGGCCGGAGCCGGGUCAGGCACGGCCGGCCGGCGCUACAGCCCCAACAUCAUCACCACCACCGAGGACAACAAGAUCCACAUCCACCUGGGUUCUCUGUACAAGCGACCCGCCGAGCCCCUAAUCACCGUGCGCCCACUGCCCGGCCCGGCCGACGGCAUGGCCACCGUGCUCCGCUCACCCCGCACCUGCGCUUCACCCAGCAAGAUGACCAGCAGCAUCGUGAUCACCCCCGCCAGCACCUCGCCCACCAGGACCACACCAGCAGCGACAGCACAGGAGGGGUCAGCACCUCGACCUGCACCUACUCGCAUCCCCAUGUCAAAAGGUAUGAAAGCAGGAAAACCGGUAGUGCCAGCCAUGGCAGCAGGAGGUGUGGCAAAGUAUGAAUCUCGUGCUGAAAGCCAGUCAAUGAGAAUUGAACUGAAGAAGUCUCCAGUCAGCAGUUCUGCCCCUCAAGCUGUGGGGAAGGGCUGAGCACGGAGGCCUUAGGGAGAGCAUCGUCAUUCAUCAGGUGCGGAUAACAUCAACAUGAUGGACGUUCUAACUGGUGGAAGCCUCGCGCUGCUGCCUGGGAUUUUUAUUGCACUGUGUUACUACUGCUGGCUGAGUGAAACACCGCCCUGGGCUGCAGCCUCCAAGGUCUAGUUUUGUAUGCUACUGAUAACAUUGGGAGUCACUGUAAUCAAAACCUGUAUUUUUUUUUUUUGAAGAAAAUGUAUUUUAGUUGAUAUUUAAACAAAUAAUCCAUCAUUACUCCCAUGCUAGUAAGAAGAGCAAUUGAUGCACUGUGCCAGAAUCUAGCUCUAGAAGUGAUCCACCAAAGUGAAAGUGUAUUUAAAAAAUCUUUUAAAUAUUUGUCCAUGGAAAAUGAUACCAUGGCUUGAAAUCAACAUUGCACAAUGUUCUCCUUUCACUGUGACAGGUUAGUAUUGCUUUUAAACACAAAGAUCUGUUAUUCUAAUAUUAUUUUACAAUGGCCACGUAAUGUGGUUUUUCACUUUCGACCAACCUUUAUCUUCCAGGGCAUCUUUUGCCAAUUGAUAUGAAUAACUUUGGUUCUGUAAUGGCACCACAGCACCUUUUGUUUACUAAAACAUUUGUCCACCUGCCCUGUAAAUUCUGAAAGCCCUUUUGAAUUUUUAAUAUGAUGACAAUCUAUUGAUUUUCAUGAGCUUUAUUUUUGUUUGAAGUGCACUUCCUAGUUGCAGUGAUGUUUCUGGACUUGGAAGAGUGGUCAGAUUGACUGGUUAACACUGUGCUGCCUGGUUUACUACUUGUAAAGUUAUAAUGUAAAAUAAUCUACAAGAUGUGAUUUUUAUUUUGUAAUUGGCUCCAUCAUGGCUAAAAUAUAUCUUUCAAUUACCAACCCAUGGAUGUGCCUUAUCCUAAGGGAUGGUUUUUAAAUAUGUUACCAUCCUAUCACUGUGGUUAAAAAUCUGCAGUUAACUCUGUCUGACUCCAAGUGCAAUUAAUUUUAAACAAUUAAAGUCUGUAUAUUUAAUUGAGCACUUUCGCCUUUUUUCAUGAUUGUAGUUGGGUUUUGAAUAUAGAGCAUUAAUGGUUUUAAUACAUGCUUUCUUUCUCUCUUUUGUAUUGUAUCACGUGUCACUGCCAGGAAGAUUUAUACAAGUUUUAUCAGCAGAAAUGCAGGCCUUAAUAUGAAAGUAUAAUAGAACUAACUGUUUACACAAUAUCUGUUUGAGAAAUAGGAGGGUAAAAUAAAUUCCAGUAAAUUGAUUAAUUGGUUGGGUGGAAAAUCCAUAAUUGUUGCCUUGCUGCUAUGGUUCAGUUAAAAUUAACGAUUGGUUUAAUUGGCUAUUGACUAACUCUAGGCUACAGCCAGCCGGUGGUGCUUCUGUCUCACUGCCAGUGGUGCAGCUGGUAGAGCAGCUGGUUUACAGCACAAAAAAGGUUCCAUCCUAACCUCAAGUGCUGUCUGUGUGAAGUUUGCACAUUCUCUCUGUGACCACAUGGGUUUCCUCCAGGUGCUCUGGUUUCCUUCUGCAUCCCAAAGACUUUCGGGUUUGUAGGUUGUGUAGGAAAGAACUGCAGAUGCUGGUUUAAAUCCAAGGUAGACACAAAAUGCUGGAGUAACUCAGUGGGACAGGCAGCAUCUCUGGAGAGAAGGAAUGGGGAAAUGUUUCAAUGGGGACAUUCUGCUGCCUGUUCUGCUGAGUUACUCCAGCAUUUUGUGUCCACCUUUGGGUUUGUAGGUUAAUUGGCCUCUGUAAAUUGCCCUUAAUGCUGGAGUGGUGAAUCUCUGGAACUCUCUGCCACAGAGGGUAGUUGAGGCCAGUUCAUUGGCUAUAUUUAAGAGGGAGUUAGAUGUGGCCCUUGUGGCUAAGGGGAUCAGGGGGUAUGGAGAGAAGGCAGGUACGGGAUACUGAGUUGGAUGAUCAGCCAUGAUCAUAUUGAAUGGCGGUGCAGGCUCGAAGGGCCGAAUGGCCUACUCCUGCACCUAAUUUCUAUGUUUCUAUGUUAAUAUGUAGGGAGUGGAUGAGAGACUGGGCUAAGAUAGUUAAAAAGGAUAAUUUAUGGUCAGCAUGGACUCGGUGACCGAAGGGCCUGGUUCUGUGCGGUAUCUUUCAAUCAAACAAAAGAGUCAACUUAACACCUACCUAAUCAUAAACAUUGCAUUGUAAAAAUUGUGCAAAGUUUAAAAAAGCCAGAUAUUUUAACAAUGGGGUAUUGUUUAAUCGUUAAGGCUUUCAAUAACCUAGAGUAGGACCCUCUCACGGGUUUAAUUUAGAGAUGCAGCAUGGAAACGGGCUCUUUGGACCAAUGAGUCCACGUGAACUAUUAAUCACUCGCUCACACUAGUUCUGUUAACCCUCUUCCUCACCCACUCACUACACACUAGGGGAAAUUUACAGAGGUAAAUUAAUCAACAAACCCACACAUUUUUGGGAUAUGAAAGAAACCUACGCGAUCACAGGGAGAACAUGUAAAUGACACAAAUACGGCACCCGAGCUCAGGGUUAAAACUGGCUGUGAGGCAGCAGUUGCUAAACACAGAAUGCUGCUGGGCCUUCAUUUACCAUUUUCCUAACCUUACCUACUGUGCGUAUGGGAUGUUGCUGAGAACUGUAUGAUUUUAAGCAUUUUCUCUUGAGUAGUGGUAAGAAAGCUUUUGUAAAAAUCUGUGGUGAGUUACUUCAGGCUUUAAUGGAACAAUUUUUAUCAGGUCCCGGCUUUCACAAUACUAAUGGCAAAACAAGCAGUUGCCCCCCUUCUCAUGGUGAGGGAAAACAACAACAACGGAAAUGUGAACAGAACAAAUGAUAAGUUAGCGCACCAUUUUCAAGGACAUUCAAUCUUAAAUAUUUUAGACUUUAGAGCUGCAGCCUGGAAGCAGGCCUUUUGGUUCACCGAGUCUGUGUCAACGAGCAAUCACGCCGCACACUCGCACUAUCCUACACACCAAGGACAAUUUACAUUUUCAUCGAAGCCAAUUAGUCUACAAACGUGCACGUCAUUGGAGUGUGGAAGGAAACGGAAUACUGGAGUAACCCACCCAGUCACAGGUAGAACUUACAAACUCCAUACAGCCAGCACCCGUAGUCGGGAUCGAACCUGGGUCUCUGGCACUGUAAAGCAGCAACUCUGCCGCUGUGCCACUUUGCUGCAUGGUGCCGCCACUUCCUAUUUUAACUGCCCACUUGCGCAGCUUUGCUUCCAUUGUGUUUAAAAUUGAUAUUCCUUAUCUUUUUGCUAAAAUGAGUAAUUGACUGAUGGAAUAGGAUCUGCAGAAUGAUGUAGACACAAGGAAAUACAGUUUUACUAGUAUAGUAUAAAGAUGAUCCCUUUCUCUCGUGCACCUUCUCUCAUUACUUCAGGCUUUUGUCUUCUUCCUAUUUCUGGCCUUUGUCCAUCCAUCUGCCAAUCAAUUUGCCAUCCAUUUUCUUUCCCUUUCACCAAUCAGUCUGAAGAAGGGUCUCCACCUAAAACAUGUCCCCUGGAAAUCAUGGACGCAUUGGUGAUCAUUGGAGCCAGGAUUUUGCCAUGUGCCUUUUCAUGCCUUUUUUGAUGAUUUCACCAAGAUAAUGCCUUUUUCACGAUCGAGUGCCUAAAUCAGCCUUUUUUUGCCGUUUUGCUAAAAUGUCGUGCUGUUUUCUCUAGUUGUAUUGUGAUUACAAUGGUGUUUUCUAUGUUAACACAUUAAUAUUAAUGUUAUUAUUAAUGUGUUGACAUGGUAUAAAUUACAAUAAAAUUUCCACAACCGGGGGCGCCACCGUCGGUCGUUCCAUCGUUUGUGCAGCUGCCCGCUGGUUCAGUCUUCUCCAAAAUCUAUUUAUUGCUUCCAAUUUUGCAAACUUCCCACAAACUUCCCUUGAGAAAUGUGGCGAAACAUUAGUGAAUAACUUGCAGGUUUUCAACAAUGUAACUGACGAUAUUUGUAAAGUUCCUGGCGAUGUAGGUAAAGACAUACAAGGAAAAUGUGUGAGAAUGAUUUUAGCUAACAAAGAUCUUGAAGAAAUACAAAACAUAGCUAAAGUUCUCAAAGGUACAGGUACUUGUAAUGCACAAGAUAUCGACAUGAAUAUAGAGUCUGAAGCUUGUUUCAGGUAUACACCAGUGACCUCAGCUGAGGUAGAAAGACGUUUUUCACAACUGAGGCAUAUUCUGUCUGGCCGACGGCAUAGUUUAACACCAGAUAAUUUGAAAAAAAUGCUAUUAAUUAUGUGCAACCAGGCAACUUUGAUCAUUUAAUGUAGUAUACCUUUAUAUUGUAAUUUCUAACCAUAUUUUGGUGGUGGAAAUACAUGCCUUUUUUGUCAUUAAAUGUCGUUUUCGUACCUUUUUGUAAUUUUAUUAUGCCCUUUUGCCUGCCAAUUUCAGAGUUGUUUAGUGCCUAAACAUCCUGGCUCUAGUGAUCAUUUUCCAAUGUUCUAUAGAUUCAGGAUCAGUUCCUGCGGAUUGGAGGGUAGCUAAUGUUAUCCCACUUUUUAAGAAAGGCAGGAGAAAGAAAACAUGGAAUCAUAGACCAGUUUGCCUGACAUCGGGGUGGGGAAGAUACUGGAGUCAAUUAUAAAAGAUGAAUAACGGCACAUUUGAAUAGCAGUAACAGGAUCGGUCCGAGUCAGCAUGGAUUUACGAAGGGGAAAUCAUGCUUGACUAAUCUUCUGGAAUUUUUUGAGGAUGUAACUAGAAAAAUGGACAAGGGAGAGCUAGUGGAUGUAGUGUACCUGGAUUUUCAGAAAACAUUUGAUAAGGUCCCACAUAGGAGAUUAGUGGGCAAAAUUACAGCACAUCUUUAUUACAAAAUUACAGCACAACACCUAUUGGGUGUAGGGUACUGAUAUGGAUAGAAAAUUGGUUGGCAGACAGUAGGGAUUAACUGGUCCCUUUCAGAAUGGCAGGCAGUGACUAGUGGGGUAUUGCAAGGCUUGGUGCUGGGACUGCAGCUAUUUACAAUAUACCAAUGAUUUAGAUGAAAGGAUUCAAAGUAACAUUAGCAAAUUUGCAGAUGACACAAAACUGGAUGGCAGUGUGAACUGUGAGGAGGAUGCUAUGAUGAUGCAGGGUGACUUGGACAGGUUGGGUGAGUGGGCAGAUACAUGGUAGAUACAGUUUAAUGUGGAUAAAUGUGAGGUUAUCCACUUUGGUGGCAAAAACAGGAAGGCAGAUUAUUACCUGAAUGGUGUCCAGUUGGGGAAAAGGCGAAGUACAAAGAGAUCUGGGGGUCCUUGUUCAUCAUUCACUGAAAGUAAGCAUGCAGGUACAGCAGGUAGUUAAUAAAGCUAAUGGCAUGUGGCCUUCAUAACAAGAGGAGUUGAGUAUAAGAGCAAAGAGGUCCUUCUGCAGUUGUACAGGGCCAUAGUGAGACCACACCUGGAGUAUUGUGUGCAUUAUGCAUCACUAAAUUUGAGGAAGGACAUUCUUGCUAUUGAGGGAGCGCAGCGUAGGUUCACAAGAUUAAUUUCCGGGAUGGCAGGACUGUUGAAAGAAUAGAGCGGCUGAGCUUGUAUACACUGGAAUUUAGAAGGAUGAGAGGAUAUCUUAUUGAAACAUAUAAAAUUGUUAAGGAAUUGGACACGCUAGAGGCAGGAAACAUAUCCCUGAUGUUGGGGGAGUCUAGAACCAGGGGCCAGUUUAAGGAUAAGGGGAAGGCCAUUUAGAAUGGAGAUGAGGAAAAACUUUUUCACCCAAAGAGAUAUGAAUCUGGAAUUCUCUGCCUCGGAAGGCAGUGAAGGCCAAAUCUCUGGAUGCUUUCAAGAGAGAGUUAGAUAGUGCUCUUAAAGACAGCGGAGCCAGGGGAUAUUGUGAGAUGGCAGGAACGGGGUACUGAAUGUGGAUGAUCAGUCAUAUUCACAGUGAAUGGAGGUGCUGGCUCAAAGGGCCAAAUGGCCUACUCCUGCACCUAUUGUCUAUUGUCUGCCUGCCUGCUGUUAUUCCAACAGUAUAAUUGAAACCCAAGCACAACCACCAUUUGUGACCAGUAUAUAGCUCACUCGUUUCUAUUUAACAGUCCACUCAUGCAGUUUGAAAAGUCUCUUUUGCCAGGUGAAUGAGAUUCUGUUGUUUUCCUAUGAGGUUUUCCUGUUCCCCCAAAGAACAAGAAUAGUGAAAGGGAAAGAAAAAAAAAAGUAAAAUAAAUUGGCGAAAGAAAGUGGAGAAUGCAGAGAUAUGAGUGUAUAGAUGAUAGAAACCUAUGGGCAGCACAGUGGCGCAGCUUGUAGAGCUGCUGCCUCACAGUGCAGAGACCUGGGUUUGAUCCUGACCUCGGGUGCUGUCUGUGCGGAAUUCGCACAUUCUCCUUGUAACCACAUGGAAUUCCUCUGGGUGUUCUGGUUUGCUCCCACAUCCCAAAUAUGCACCAGGUUGUAGGUUAAUUGCGCCAAGCGUGUUGCGAGUGGAUGAGAAAGUGGGAUCACGCAGAACUAGUGUGAAUGAGUGAUGGUCGGUAUGGACUCGGUGGGCCGAAGGGUUUGUUUCCAUUCCCUAAACUAAAUUAAACUAAACUGCAAUGGAAGUUUCUUGAACAGGAUUAGUAGUACUUCUUUAAGUGGCUGAAGGAUCUUGAGGAAAAUAGAUUGAGAAAUGUAGAAUUACAGUGGAUAAUUCUGACCAAACUUAGCCCAAUUGAGCACUGAACAUGUUGACAGGAUGUAUGUGUAGACAGUCCUUCUGGGUCCAUUUCAUCAGUUUCUCCUCAGAACAACUCUGGACUCGGAUUCACUUUAUAUAUUUGUGCAGACUGGCAGGUAGGCAAGUGACUGACUAAUUUGAACAGUCUAGGUCCAUCAGACAGGUUUAUACACCUAAAAGAGAGAUCCAAGCAAGUUAAGAGCAAGUAAUUGCCUUAGUAGUAGAGAUAAUAUAAUUGUAGGUAGGAGGUAAUCCAAGCAGGGUGACAAGUUUUAAUUGGGGGCAUGGGGGGGAAUAAAACAGACAAGUGUAGUAUUUUUAUAUUGUUGUCAAUCAGCAAUUCCAAAGGAAUUAAUCUGGAGGCUGGUGAGUUAGGGAGUGCAUAGUGGAUGAUGAUGUUACUGCAGGAGUGCAUGCGGGGGUGAGAGGCGGUUCAGAAAGAGUUUUUGUUUCAGGCAGGGAGGGGAGUUCAGUUGUCACAAAGAACAUAUUCAGCAUUAGCCCAUUAUCCACACUAAAUACUGAAAGCUUUUAGUAGUAGAGUAAAACACAAACUGAGGGAGGAAGACAGCAGAUCUGGCAACAUUCAUGGAGAGAAUGGUUAGACAACAUUUUGGUUCGAGACCCUUCUUCAGACUAUGGGCUACGAGUCAUUUAAUGGGCUAUUUGUCAUCACGGGAAUGAAAGAAGCUGCUUGUUUAACUCCCCAAUUAAAUAUAAACCAUUUAAGUAAUAAUGGUAUGCUGAAAUAAUUAGGAUCAGUUGAGUCUUAUUGAUCUUUUUUGACAAUAAAUGCAUCUAUUCAAUUUGAUGCUCGUAAACCAUUGCCAGGCAUAUUAAAAAUAAUUAACCAACAUUGACCAAUGUCCCAUGGAAUGAAGCCACUGCAGGAUUAAAUGUUUUUCAUAUAAACAACCAAAAUCCCAGCGAUAUCUCUGUACCUAAUAUAGUUCAUUUUGAAAUCUUCAAAACCUCUAUUGGUUUGCGAAGGAAUAUAUACCUUUUCAUAUAUCAUGAGAAUUGGUCCUUUUUGGAUCUUCUCAUUUGAAGAUAGACUACUUGAAGACAAAGUGAAACUGAGGUGCUCCAUAGUUUGCAUUGAAUAAACCGGUCUCUGUAACACGGUUCCCCUGGUUCUUGGGUUGAUUCACUGCUCUGAUAAUGUCAUCAAUUUGCAGUAAAGUUCAAGUAAAGGGCCUGUCCCACUUGGCGAUUUUUUUUUUUUUGGUGACUGCUGGCUUUAUAUCAGUGUCGGCAAAAGAUUUUAAACAUUUCAAAAUCCAGCCCGACAAAAAAAAUGUUGCGACACUUGAAAAAACACCGCGCAUCAUAUGUCAUCACGCCAUUGCGCCAUACGUCAUCACGCCUCAUCACCCUACGUAUUUUUCGGUGACCUGAUAUGUCUAUCAAUGAUGCCGGCAGUCGCCAAAAAAAUCGCCAAGUGCGACAGGCCAUAUAGGUGCCUGUACUCCCAGAAGUUUGGGAUAGAUCGCACAGAUUAAAUUUCACUUUUAAGCUGUGAAAAGUUCAAAUCCUGAGAACUUCAAAGCUGCCUUGGUGUUAGCUUUUACAAAAUUAUAUUGCCCUUUCAGCAUCAAAAUUCUAGUGCCUGGAUGGUUUGCUAAUGGUGCUUCACAUUGUCAAAUUCCAUUAGUAGGACAAAUAAAAGUUGGAUAGAAUUUCACUCUGUAAUGUGUUAAGUUUAGAUUUAUUAUUGUCACAUGCACUGAGGUGCAAUGAAAAGCUUUGUUUUUGCAGACUAUCCAAACAGAUCAGAUAUCAUGCAUAAAUACACCUAAUAAUGCUUGGAACUUAAUUUUAUUAGCAGCAUUUUAGUCUGCAUACUUGCAUACAAAAGAUGGAGGAUUUUCCUAUGGGGUAUUUUCCUUUGGGGUUUUUUUUACAAUGAGGAAUUAUACUUUAACUCUGAAAACUGUUUCAGAUCUGUUCAGAAGUCACAAUUGGCAUUAUAUAGGAGCAUUACAGGAAAGAUUGAAAAAUAUAGGUGGACAGAACUUUGAGAGAGAGAAAAUAUGUUUGAGAAGGGGGUAUCUAACCUAGGUGACUCUUGUUCUUGCUAAUGAAAUUAUAGAGGGAGGGAGGGAGGCUAAUAAGUUGGAUGGCAUUUGUGUGCUGUUCCAAUAGUUCAAACUUUGAAUGUUAGCUCGGGUCAAAGUGAUGCACCAGCUUACAAGUUUGAAAGUUCCAGAAGUAAGCAAUGGAAAAUGUUGAUAACUGUGACAAAGAUCCUAAUACCCAUUGCAACUGAAGUAAAGAUACUAUUCCCGGAAGACGGGAAGAAAGAGAGGAGGGUUCAUUUUAACGAAUAUAGACAGAAUAACAGUCAUAAGAAAGAGGCAUUGCCUAUUUCCUUCGCUCCAUAGAUGCUGCUGCACCCACUGAGUUUCUCCAGCAUUUUUGUAUAGCGAUGUAAUACUUUGUUACUGUUUUUUAAAACGGAAUUUUAAAUGCUUUUGUUUAUUCCUAUUUCAAUCUGAUUUUAAUAUUUUGGAGUAUAAAACUGAAAGAAUCUUUUGGGAAACUAGCUUAAACAUAUUGCAAAACACUGCCUAAUAUCAGGUGGUAAAUUGGCAGAUGGAAUUUUAUCUGGUUAAGUGUGAAGUGAUGCACUUUGGGAGGACUAAUAAGGAUAGGAAAUGUACAAGGAAUGGUAGGAGUUAUUAAGGAAUAGAAGGACUUUGGCAUUCAAUCCACAAUUCCCCAAGGACCAUAAGAUACAGGAGCAGAAUUAGGCCUUUUGGCCCAUUGAGUCUGCUCUGCCAUUUAAUUAUGGCUAAUCUAUUUUCCCCUGUCAAUGAAGAGACAGCAAAGGUAUAUAGAGUGAUGAUGAAGGCUUAUAGGAUGUCUUUAUUAGCCAGGGCAUGAUAUGUAAGAGCAGAGAGAUUCUGUUACGGCCUGUAUUAAACAUUGAUCAGGCCACAUCUGGAGUACUGUACCGUACGGUUCUGAUCCUCGCAUUAUUGGAAGGAUGUGAUUACACUGGAAAGCUUGCAGAGGAGAUUUGCCAAGAUGUUGCCAGAGAUGGAGAUGGUGGUAGGAUUGAAAAGACUGGGUUUAUUUUCCUUGAUGUGGAGGAGGCUGGGCGAAAGAAGAUCUGAUUUGAGGUGUCUUAAUUUAUUCAUGGCAUGUACAGGACAGAUGGUUGGAAACAUUUCCUCAUAACAAAAAUGCCAACAACUAGAGGCCUAGGUUUGGGGCAAGAGAGCAUCUGAUUUGGAGAGCAUCUGAGGAAGAACUUUUCAUCCAAAUUAUUGGAAUCUGGAACAAAUUGCCUGAUGGGUGGUGGAAAUAGGUACUCUUAAUAUUUAAAAAGUACCUGGAUGAGCAAUUGAACUAUCAAGGCUUUGCACAAAGUGCUGGUCAAUAGAAAAAGCAUAAAUAGAUUAUUGAUGGUUGGUCUGGAGAUGGUUGGCUGAAGGACCUGCUUCUGAGCUGUAUCACUUUUAUUAGCAAAUACAAUUUCUUAUUCGUUAAAGGAUGUGUGUGGCAGAGACAUUGUUGUAUAUUCUUUGCAUGAGGGAAAUUGUGGGCAUAAUAUUGCCCAACGAUCUAUUUCCACUCCUGGGAAGCCAAUGACGGGUGGCCUUUGUGAAUUGAUGGUGGUCAUGUGAUGGUGUUUCAUAGGAAGUUCUGUGAACUUUCUGUGUAUUUCAGACAAAGUGGAAGAAACCAAGCAUGGAGUGUAGGAGUUCUCACAGCCAUGAGAGGUCAAGUUUGGGACAAAACCUUGGUCUUGUUAAGAUGCCAUAAAAAUAUUGAGAUGUGGGUUAGUCAGAAUAGUUGUUUUUUUUUGUCUGGCAUGUAUAAAAUGGGCCAGUUACUAGCUCGGAUCUGUUUGUCGAUGGCCACUUCCAAUAUUCUUAAUUAAAUUUGUUCACAAACCUUAAAGUUUCAAGCUGCAAAAUGUGUCCAAGAUGAGAAUUGUUGGCCGAGCAUCAUUGCCGAAGGAUCAAAAGUUAUUGAAUAACUAAUUAAUCUCUAAACUAGUGCAUGGUUAUUGAUAACAAGGGCUUUUUCUCUUAACUUGCUUUGUUUCCACUUGAUGGGGUAAUAGUGUUGCUACAGUCAACAAAUAACUUCUGACCUUGGGUGCUGUCUGCGUGAAGUUUGCACGUUCUCCCUGCGACUGCGUGGGUUUCCUCUGGGUGCCCAAGUUUCAUCCUACAUCCCAAAGGCGUGUGAGUUUGUAGGCUAAUUGUCCUCUGCUUAUUGUCCUCUAGUGUGUAGAGAGUGGAUGCAAAAGUGGAAUAACAUGGAACUAGUGUGAAUGGGUGAUGUUCGGUAUGGACUUGGGUGACCGAAGGGCCUAUUUCCAUGCUGUACCUAUAAACUAAACUAAAUGUCUAAGUUGGAACAGUAUAGAAGAUUCACUUCACCCAUCCCGAAACACUGCCUCUUUAAACCCUCUCCAAAGGUUCAGAAAAUAGGCUUCUGUACUGGCUUUUACAGUAUUUCAUUUCUGCUGAGAAAAGAAACAAAAUACAUUGUAGUAUUUUGAAACCCAUGAAAAGAAUGAUGAUGUAAACUUGUACUGAUGUGUAUAAAUUUCAUGUAUUUACCAUGUUGAAUAAAACAUUUCAUUUGAAUCUGAAAAUAUUGUAAGUAGAUUUUAUUAAAGCCAUAUGUAUUUGACUAUCUUUAUCCUGUAUAAUAUGAAAAAAUGUUUUUGAAGUGAUCUAAUAGAUAAUACUACAUCAAGGAUACAUUGUGAUACAAACUUCCAUUACAAACUGCCCUUGUAAAUACACUUGUGAAAUGGUUUAAGGACAGAAUGCUUACAAUAUAUAUUCUCUAAGAUGCUGCCUGGCCCGGUGUGUUCCUCCAGCAGCUCUCCUUUUUUUUUUGUACCAGAUUCCAGCAUUUGCACUCUUCUGUGAUUCCAUUGCAUGGCUCCCUGACCCCUCCAGAGACCUUGGUGAAAGGCGCAGCAUGGGUGAGGGUGAUUGAGUAGAGAGUUGGUGCACUGUCCCAGUCUUGCUUGAUCCCAGCUAUUCUGGGAUUUGCUCUGUCUGCAUUUUCCACUGGCAUCAUUGCUACAUUGUUGGACACAGGAAAUAAUCAAUCAAUGAAGCAAUGAAGCAAUGCUUUUCAUCGAAUAAGCCACGUUGGCACAUUUUCCAUUUAGGAAAAUUAUUCCAUUUCAUCGAAUAAGCCACGUUGGCACAUCACAUUUUCCACAUCCCUGUGGGGCGAC